GCUGUGCAUGUCUGCGCCAUUUUUGUUUUAUUACCACAGAAGAGCAGAGUCCUCUAGGGUUGCAGGAAGCUGUGUUUAUGGCUGCAGGUGUUUUUCAAAACUUGAUUGUAUGUGCAAUGAUGUCAUGUUCUAACACUAUGGCAGCAGCAAUAGACAAAGGCACACCCAGUGUCCUCAGGUCACAUGGCCCGUGUGUUUACAGAGUGAUACUAGUCCGUUGAAAGCAAUAGCUACUGGAUCAAGUCACGUGAGACCACAAAGGGCAGGGCGAAAUAACAAAGUCCUCUUCCUCCACGCAAACAAAAUAAAGAACCGCAGCAGAGAAAGGAAAUAGAAAAUGGUCCUCAGGCAAAGAGAUGGUCAAACGUGAUGCAAGAGACGGUUGAAUUAGUGACAUAAACAUGAUCACACCUUUCAGAACACGAUGGUGGAAGAGACGAGACAGCCGAAAAAGGCCACAUCCCUCCAGGCUGGACCUGGUGAUGUAGACCACAACAUUGUCUAUGCCAAUAAUAUAAGAGUCACCCAGCUUAUUGGACGACAGCUGGCUCAGAUAGGGGACGACUUGGACAACAAAUGGCGUGAACAACUGCCCGUCCAAUUGCAGCCCUUGAAUUUGGGGAUUUAUCUUUACGUCCUAACCAGGACAGCGUUCUCUGGCAGGAUCCUCUGCAACCUCUGGGGGUCUAAAAUUAUGCCAAUGUUGAGGACAUCCUGGUUGAUUCCACAGCUUCAAAAUGGCUGUCAGGAGGCUAAGAAGUGGGCAGCCUGGGUGCCCAACCUUUCUGACUGGUCUCGCAGGAACACAUACAUACUGGCGUCUGCUUUACUACUGGUCACUGUGUCCAUCUUCCUUGUAACUUAGUAUGGAUAUGAAGACUGAAGGUGACAGUGAGGGGGUCAAGAGCUGGUCUUUGGCUCAAAUAUAACCAUUUUGUU